GGCUCUGGGGCUCUGCGCACUGACUUGGGGCCGGACGCUGGGAAGCGGGGAUUUGCCGGCCGAGGCCGGGACUUAGGGUCCCCUCCCGGGCGAGUCGCGGGGCGGGGGCGGGAAGGGGCGCCGCGCGGAGGAAGUGCCCUUUUGGCCGCAGCCAGAGCCGCGCCGCGGGUGCCGUGAUGUCGUCCCAGCCGGGGCUCGAGGAUGAGGGGGCGGGGGACGCGUGGCGGCCGCAGGAGCCGCCGGAUCAGGAGCUGCAGCGGGCCGGGAGCAGAAGCGGCGGUGGCACGGCGCGCAGCAUCUGCAGCAGCUCAAGCACCUGGAGUCCUUUUAUGAAAAACCUCCUCCUGGGCUUAUCAAGGAAGAUGAGGCUAAGCCAGAAGAUUGCGUACCAGGUGUACCAGGCAAUGAACACACCAGGGAAUUUCUGGCUCAUGCACCAACUAAAGGACUUUGGAUGCCACUGGGGAAAGAAGUCAGAGUUAUGCAGUGCACAUGAGGAUUUCAUGUAUGACAUCAUACAAGACAAUAAACAAUAUGAAAAGGAUGUAAGGAUACAGCAGUUAAAACAGUUACUGGAGGAUUCUACCUCAGAUGAAGAUGGGAGCAGCUCCAGUUCCUCUGAAGGUAAAGAGAAACACAAGAAAAAGAAGAGGAAAGAAAAGCGUAAGAAAAGGAAGAAAGAAAAGAAAAAGAAGAAAAAACGGAAGCACACAUCUUCCAAGUCAAAUGAGAGUUCCGAGUCAGAGUGACAAGGAUGUGACUUGUUCAACGUUCUCUUCUCAAGAAUCAAAACACUGUGGCCAAGGAACAGAGGAAGAUGCAGUCAGAGAAAGUAGCAGGAUAGAGACACAGAGAGGAGGAUACGUGGGUCACAGCAGUGAGCUCCCACCCGCCUUCCAGUGAAGAUGUGACCCCAGGAGAGGGAAUAGCUCCUUCCAAGUGCUAGCUCUGGACAGCGGCUGAUUUUAGGCAGGACAGUUUCUUCGGUGUUGUCCUCCCUGCUGGUCACAUGAGUUUACGAUUCAUUUGAAAUACCUCCCACAGGGUGGCAGGACUGGGAGAAUCUUUGAGGCGUUUCUUCCAGGCCCUCCCACAGCUUGUGCCCUCCACAGUGUGGAAUUGAACACCUGGCCUCAUGUGAUCCUUCCACCUUGGCCUCCCAAAGCAUUGGGAUAACAGGUGAGAGCCACUGCUUGGCUAAAAGUAUACAUUUAUAUUCAUCUGACAUGAUUUAUUGAUUUGGGGGCUAGGGAGUUCUUAAAAUAACAAUAAAAAAUCUUGUGUGGCU